AAUCUAAUAUAUGGUAUACGGCGCUAUACAGUGGAACUUUUAGAACCUUCUUUAGUUCAAAAAAAUGAAAACCCUAAUGACCUAAUCACUUAAUCAGAUCUCUCUCAAGUCUCUCUACAGCCGACAUCGACAGCUUCACCGCACAGCCACUCCGCCGGCCAUCCACCGCACAGCCACUCCGCCGGCCAUCCACCGCACAGCCACUCCGCCGGCCAUCCACCGCACCGACAGCUUCACCGCACCGGCAUCCACCGCACAGCCACUCCGGCGUUCAAAAUUAAGAAAUUCAAUAUGAGUGAUUCUCAAAAGAAGGUGGGAAAGAAGAAGGAUAAGAAGUCCUAUCCGGAGUCAGAUUCUGUCAAAAUUGAUCUAGAAAAUGAUAGCUCAAUGAAUAUGGAUGUGGAAGAUGAUGAAGUUCACUCUGUGGAGGUAGAUGAUACAAACGAUAGUGAUGAUAACAAAUCAGGAGUAAAGAGACAACGAAAGGAAAGAUCUAUUGUGUGGCAAUACUUCACUAAACUUAAAAAGAAAGCAGUCGGUGGAAAAGUUCCAAGCAAGUGCAACAAAUGUAAUCAUAUUAUCAUAUAUGAUAGCAAGCAAGGUACGGGGAAUAUUUCGAAACACAUAAAAUCUUGCUAUGGUUCUAGUUUCAAAGAUGUUGGUCAAAUGAUUUUAAACAGUGACAUGAAAUUAAAGUCAUCUACGUUUUCUCAAAGUAUGUUCCGCGAGAUGCUUGUAGCUGCUAUCGUUAUGCAUGAGUUACCUUUGUCAUUUGUAGAUUAUAAGGGAUUUAGAGAUUUAUUUAAGUAUCUGCAACCCGAUGUCAAUAUCAUCUCUAGAAAUACUGUGAAAUCUGAUUUACUGAUUAUGUAGGUAA